AAAAAUUAUGGGAUGGAGAUGCUAACCAUGUAUCUCUAUUAUUAACAAUUGAGGAGACAUUAAAAAUGGUGGAUGAAAUUUUAAAACCAUUACUAGAUCAUUAUGAUACGGACUUUGGAGGAUCUUACAUAGAGUUAAAAAAUGAACUUAUAAUGGUCCCAACAUUAGAUCCGGAAAUGAUCGAAAAGAUAAGAUUUUCACCUCAUAUAAUUGAUUACCGAAAUUAUUUAUUGUUCGAACCAGCAAUUAAAUCCUUACGUCAAUUAAGAUACGAAUGGUAUCAUAUAAAACAAUUAGUUAUAGAUCAUAGAAAAAAUACUAAAAGCAUACUGUCCAUUCUCAUUUACACUGAUGAAAAGGCCAAUAAUAACGUUGUAGUUAUUUCAAAUGAUGAUGGAAGUAAUGAAAGACUUAAAGAUGCCAUUAAACAUUAUAACCCGAUAAUAAUUUAUAAAGCAACCCAGCCACAUGAUUCAAGUAUUUCCAAACCUAGACGCCAAAGUAAAGUCGGCAUACGUAUGAACUUGAUCAUUGCAAACUUUGAAGCGGAUAAAGGUGAUAGCGGAGCAGCUAUAUUUUCCUUUUCACGGCCACAAGACUUGCGGUUAGUAAAUUUAAUUGGUAUAAACACUGGAGGUUUCAAACUAGCUAGUUUACACGAUGGAAGUGACCAAUUAACUACCAAUCUACCAAUAGAAUUUAUUCUUAAUAACGAUAAAAUACCGAUAACUCUUGUCACACAACCUAUUUAA